AAGCUGCCAGAAAUGCUCUGCAUAACUAGGGGCUUUCUAUGAAGCAUGCCAAUAAUGUCAACUAGUUUUGUAUCAGUUGUAUCGUGUACUUUAUAAAAAUAUGAUUAUUAUCAUUACUAAGUACUUCUAGUAAAACUAUGGCAACUACUAUUAGUGAUAGUGUCCAGAGAGAGAGGGUUCAUACGGCUCCUUGAGGCGUCACCGCCCUUAUACCACAAUAAUAAAUUUUGGCGGUAAAUGUUUGUUUACCUUGGCUCGGGUCACUGCUCUGAGGUGUUGACUAAGAAACCUCUAAAUAACUUCACGUCCCUUGAAGAAGAAACCUUCAAGAAGCUCUUAUCUUGAAGAAGAGGAGUUGGCAAUAUGUCGGACACUGAGGAAGAUGUUAUUGAAGGAUCUGAUGAUGAAGGUGAAGCAAUGACUGCAUCAGAGGUCCUCAAGAAACUGGAAGAGGCUUGGAUCACUGAACGAAUGUCUCCUACACUGGAGUGUCAUCAGAGUGAACUGGUAGACUGUAUGCUUGACCAGAUCAACCAGAUGACUGAAAACCUUAAACGAUGUAAAAAACAUGAUUUUAGAUUGGCUAUUCAUAAAAUGGAGAUCGAUCGAAUAAGAUACGUAAUAAGUAGCUAUCUUCGUGUCAGACUUGAAAAAAUUGAAAGAUUUUCCCAUUAUCUUUUGGAAAAAGAAGCAAACAUGACAGAUGAGACCAUGGCAGCACUUUCACCACACGAAGUCGCUUAUGCAAAAGACUAUGCAGCUAAUUUGGAAUCUCACUUCCAAACUCUUGUGUUGCAACAUGUACCUGAAAAUCUUCGAACUUUUGACUCUGCCAAGAUGAGUAUAAAGCCUAACUUGGACAGCUACAUCUUCUUUAAGGUCAAGCAAGAGACUCCGGGAGUCUUGAUUGAAGAUGACACUGGUGAAGGACGAGAUGAAGAGUUAGACUUGCAAGAGGGUAGUCAGCACUUGAUGCGCUACAAACCCAUCAGUCACUUGCUUCACUCUGGCGCUGUAACCCUUAUUUAAAUUCACUUUUGGAUUGUGGAAUUUUAUAAAAUGCGUAUUUUGAUGGAUAUACUGCUAUCUCAAAAGUCAGAUUUUUUUUUUUUUUUUUUUAACAAGUCGGCCGUCUCCCACCGAGGCAAGCUGACCCAAAAAGAAAGAAAAUCCCCAAAAAGAAAAUACUUUCAUCAUCAUUCAACACUUUCACCUCACUCACACAUAAUCACUGUUUUUGCAGAGGUGCUCAGAACAUAACAGUUUAGAAGCAUAUAUGUGUAAAGAUACACAACAUAUCCCUCCAAACUGCUAAUAUCCCGAACCCCUCCUUUAGAGUGCAGGCAUUGUACUUCCCAUUUCCAGGACUCAAGUCCGGCUAUAUAAAAAUAGCCGGUUUCCCUGAAUCCCUUCACUAAAUAUUACCCUGCUCACACUCCAACAGAUUGUCAGGUCCCAAAUACCAUUCAUCUCCAUUCACUCCUAUCGAACACACUCGUGCACGCCUGCUGGAAAUCCAAGCCCCUCGCCCACAAAACCUCCCUUACCCCUUCCUUCCAACCUUUUUGAGGACGACCCCUUCCCCGCCUUCCUUCCCUUACAGAUUUAUACACUCUCCAUGUCAUUCUACUUUGAUCCACUCUCUUUAAAUGACCAAACCACCUCAACAACCCCUCUUCAGCCCUCUGACUAAUACUUUUAUUAACUCCACACCUUCUCCUAAUUUCCAAACUCCAAAUUUUCUGCAUAAUAUUUACACCACACAUUGCCCUUAGACAGGACAUCUCCACUGCCUCCAACCGCCUCCUCGCUGCUGCAUUCACAACCCAAGCUUCACACCAAUAUAAGAGUGUUGGUACCACUAUACUUUCAUACAUUCCCUUCUUUGCCUCCAUAGAUAACAUUUUUUUGUCUCCACAUAUACCUCAAUGCACCACUCACCUUUUUUUCCCUCAUCAAUUCUAUGAUUAACCUCAUCCUUCAUAAAUCCAUCCGCCGACACGUCAACUCCCAAGUAUCUGAAAACAUUCACUUCUUCCAUACUCCUCCCCAAUUUGAUAUCCAAUUUUUCUUUAUCUAAAUCAUUUGAUACCCUCAUCACCUUACUCUUGUCUAUGUUCACUUUCAACUUUCUACCUUUACACACACACUGAUUAUAUUCACUAUUUUCUUGUCUAAAUGCAGCUUUAAAUAUCUUGAUCUGAAUUUCAUAUUUUUUUCUCUACAGGUAUUAUAUUUAUCCAUUACUAUUUUUAAGAUAAGCAGUGUGAUACUGUGAUUACAUUCUAAAUUUCAUUAUAAAAGUAAAGUUGAUGUAGGUACAAUACAGUAUACAAUGUCACACUGUAGGUGAAACAUCAGGGCAAACGGAAGGUUACCAAAGAUGAAUUGACUCCUCAAGGGAAGUUUCUUAAUGAUGGUUAGGGGCCUUGAUUCAGGGAGUUAGACGUAGCUGCCUCCUCUUGAAUUGGACCUGGCUGCCACCCAUUCCCCAGGAACUGUUUGACCCCUAUGAGUUUAAUGCUUCCCACUAAAUAUAAUAAGAAGAAAGAAAGACAAAUUGGCUUAUGAGAGAAGACAGUGUGAUUCGCUUGUGAAUAUUACAAGCAUACAAGGACUUGUUUCCUUCUGCAGUGGAGCCUUUAGCUUCUGGUGCAGAAGGGUGAGGUAGUGGUGCUGUGAGACAGGUGAUUAUUUUUCAUUAGUUUGUUAUAAAUAUUUUAAAAGUUUCUAGUGGGUGUGGCCCAUUAAUUCUUGGGUCCAUUCCAGGUGUCCACUACUCUGCUUGUGAAGAAUUUGCACUUUUUUACACAACUGUUUUCAUAAAUGGAAAUUUUAAGUAGUAAGGCCUACAGAUUGGCAACAAAAUAAAUAAGGUUUCAGAAGGUUAAAGGACACUUAAGUGCAACUAAUGUGACAUUUCAUUGUUGUAACGUUUCGCUUUCCCGGAGUACCAGCACAGUCCUUGGGAAAAUUUAGGAGAAACUUUUAGUAUUAAUGAGUUACUGAUUGUCUAAGGAGAGUACCAUGAUGCUGAUGAAGGGCUCUUGAUCCAUUGAAUUGAAGACACCCUCCUUUUCCUCAUAUCAGACUUGUUUCCUAUUUCUUUGAUGCUGUGUGACCCUUGUGGGUUUGGUGCUCCCCUGUGCAUACAGGAAUGACCAGUUAUUGGGAUUUUUAACAGAUGUGGAUAUUUUUACUGAUAUGGAAGAAGAGUCUUUAUUGGUGUUUAUGACUUAGAUGACUUUUUUUUUUUCAUGGAUCAAACUUGAUUACUAUUUACCCCUUGCAUUACCACUGCUGUAUGAACCUUUUGGGUUUAGUGCUUUCUCACUUAGUGACGGAGUUCCGUUAAUAAGACCACGUCGGUAAACAAAUUCGUCGAUAAGUGAGGAGCAUACUAUAAUGGUAGUGGGUUUGUGUCAACCAUCUUUGAUAUUGAUUUAAUGUCACCUUUGCACCAUUUAUAACAUUUCUGGUAUAUUUUUAAAUAUUUAUACAGUAGUAUACAGUGGACCCCCGGUUAAUAAACUUUUUUCAUUCCAGUAGUAUGUUCAGGUGCCAGUACUGACUGAAUUUUUUCCCAUAAGGAAUAUUGUGAAGUAGAUUAGUCCAUUUCAGACCCCCAAACAUACACGUACAAAUGCACUUACAUAAAUACACUUACAUAAUUGGUCGCAUUUGGAGGUGAUCGUUAAGCGGGGGUCCACUGUACUGUAAUAAAAAGAAUAGAGGAACUCAGCUCUAAUAUACAUUAUUUAGGCAUGCAUUCUGGUCAGAAAGCCUAUCAUAAAUCUAAGUCGUUGGUAAACGAGUACGUCGCUAAGUGAAGAGAGGCUGUAUACAGUAUCAUUAACUUGUGUUAGUUUUGCUGAAGAAUGUAUGAUUGUCUGAAUACCUUUUUCUCUUCCAUUACUUGUAUUGUUCCAUUUGAGGGGGUCUUGAUCCAGAGAAUUGGAGCUACUCUCCCCUUCAGAUUAAAGCUCAUGAGUUCAAAUUCCCUAGCCACAGUAUGAUCCUUACUGGUUUAGCACUUUCAGAGAGCUGUAAUAAUAAGCGGCCGUAUCCCACUGAGGCAGGGUGACCUAAAAAGAAAAAUGAAAGUUUCUCUUUUUAAAUUUAGUAAUGUAUACAGGCAAAGGAGUUACUAGUCCCUUGCUCCCAAGAUUAUUAUUGUUAUUGUUGUUAUUAUUAUUAUCAUCAGUCCUGAAUGCCUUCCAUUCCUAGGCACUACAUGACCCCUUACAGGUUUAACUUUUACCCAUGUUAAAAAUAAAUAUACCAAAUGGAUCCUCUCCUCUAGAGGUGUUUGUUGAUACCAUUGAGGGUUCUUGAUCCAAGGAAUUGGGGUUGUCCUCUUCCUUGGAUCAUUCCACAGGCUUUAUAACCCCUACAGGUUUAGAGCUUUCUAAAAAAAAAUCCACAUGAUAUUUGGGUUUAUUGUUGGUCACCUGCAUGUUUCUGUGUGGUGUGCCAAGAUGCAUAUUAAAACACUGAAAUGAUAUGCAGGUAUGUCAGUGUACUUAAGUCUGAUCUUCAAGGAGUGUUCCUUAAUGUUGUUGAAGGGUUCUUGAUCCAAGGACUCUGAUCGUUUGAUCAAAUCUAAGGAAUUAGAUGUGUGCUUCAUUACUUUGAAUCAAGCCUGAAUGUCUUCCAUUCCCCUGGAGCUGUAUGACCCUUCAGGGUUUAGAGCUCCCCAUGAAUAUAAUAAUAAAAAUUUGA